AAAACUUUCAAAAUACCAAUAUUUUUCAUAAACCGCCGCCUAGCGGUUUUUGAGAAUGGCAGCUGAAACCCCAACGGUCUGAUAAACCGUGGGGGCCAGCGACGGUUACAUGCAAACCGCAUGCACCCCUGCGAUUUGCAUUUAAUUUUUUUUUUUUGCAAGAUUAUGGAUCUGAACCUUAGCGGAUGCAUUAGGCUUGCAAGAUCUUGAAUUUUUUUAAAAAAAUUCACAUAUAAUAAAAUUGAAAGGGAAAUUAAAAAAAAAACAACAAUUGCAUCUACUAAGGUUCGAACCCAUGAUUUGAACAAAAAUAUAACAAACUUCCAUCCACUAGGCUAUCUAGCUUUAUUGUUCUUUACCACGCGAAAACAAAAUUAAAUACGAACCGCAGGGGUGCAUGCCGUGAAAGUUUUGGAUAUACAAGUGUAUUUAACCUUUAAAUUAUAACGUUUGUAUUGAAAGAAAUCUGCUCGUCGCGUGAAAGUUCUAGGGAAAUCGGUCUCAUACACUGGAGCCUCCAAUAGGUUGAAUGUCAUAUGGGCGAAGGCGAGAAGUAUCCAAGUUGCAUCAGCCAUUAAUGGAUAUUAUCUAGUACGUUUUACUAGCGGUAUCGACUACGAACCAGCAGCAACGGGAGGUUCGUGGAUGAUGGGGGACCACUACCUUACGGUUCAUAUGUUGGAUAAGCACUUCAACCCCCACCACAAGAUACUAUCUAUAAUGGUUUGGGCUAGCCUUCUUGAGCUACCUGUUCAAUAUUUACAUACGAAUGCGGUGAUGAAGAUAGAAAAAUGUAUUGGUAAGCCGCUUCGGGUGGAUCACGCGACGAGCACAGGAGCUAGAUUGGAUUAUACCAGAGUCUGCAUCUAGGCUGUCCAAAUUCAAGAUCCAUGGGAUCAAAUAUUACAUCGAGUACAAAAGCUUGGAGAGAACUUGCCCGAAAUGUGGAACUUAUUCUGAACGAGGUAGUGCUCUUGCGGUGCGCUACCAGAGGCUAUGGAAACGGGGGUAACGACUGAGGCCAAAAUCCAAGGACAGCGGAGUCGCAACCAGAGUCGUCUCCCAAAGAGUCGGAGCAGGUAUAUGGGGAAUGGAUGAUUGCAAAGAAAAAGCCACGAGUCCGUAGAGAACUUGCCAACACUGCGGUGGGAGCGUAUACUGAGCGAAACCAUGGACUACACACGAGCAAGAGCAGGGGCUCCAGGUUUAAUGUCCUGCUUGAGGAGGAGAGUACAAAACCUAUAGUGGAUCAGAUCAAAAAGGGUGAGACCAGUACAAGGGAUAGCCAACCGGGGAGUAGGGCAAGGAAAACUGCAGCGAAACACCUAUGGAAGGAGAAAGCUGUUGGGAAAUAGAAAGAGGUGGUAGGGGAAGUCAGGAGCGAGAAAGCUGACACUUUUAACCAGGACCCAAAUAAGCAUGUCUCCAUAAGGAGCUCAGCAAAUAAAGACCACACAAAAGAGCAAUGUGUGGAACCCAUGACAGAACAAACAAUUAUGUCGGUGCAUGAACCUGAGGUAUGUGGGGAAAUACAGAGGGACUCGAUCAUGACUGAGCCUUGCCAUUUCAUGGAUGAUUUCGGCGUCAACACCAUGAAUUAAGGCCAUCUAACGAGACCACCGAACAAUAGAUGUAAACCCAGUGAUUUGAAAGAUAUAUUGAUGCGUGAAGAACUAAUGACGAGAUCCAAACCGAGAGAGUCGAAUGAGAGCCUCGUUCUCGAGGCUUCUUUGUCCGAUGUGUAAUUUGGCGCAAUCCGAGAGCCUACUAAUCCAUGUUGCAAUGAAGCUAAACAUAUUUACGUGGAGCUCUAGGGGAGCGGGAAGCAAACACUUUUCUAAGAAUGUUUAGAGAAUAUCGAAGGAAACAUCGUCCGUGUAUAAGUACAAUUGUGGAACCGAGAAUCCGUGGAGAUAAGCCGUUGGAAGUGGUGCAUGAGCUUGGCUACGAUAAUGAGCUGAUUGUCGAUGCGAUGGGGUUCUCAGGAGACAUCUGGCCGGUGUGGGAUUCAUCAAUCGUUACUAGUACUGAGGUAGAAAGGUCAGCUUAGUUCCUCCAUGUCUCGGUCCAGAGUGGGAACGGUAAUUGGUUCCUCACAGCCGUUUAUGUUAAUCAUGCACUAAUACAAAGACGAGAAAUGUGGCAGUCAAUUAGAUCCCUAUCGGAGGACAUGGAGGACCCAUGGGCCCUGAUUGGUGACUUCAAUUCCAUCAUCCACCCUUCGGAUAAGAUGGGAGGGGCACCUUUUGACGCGAGCCAUGCCCGAGACUUCCAAGUUGCAUUCUGGAUGCCAGUUUAGUGGAUCUUGGCUACACUGGUCCUCCUUUCACCUGGUUCCGGACAAGGAUUAAGGAGCGACUAGACCGAGUAUUGGGCAACCUAGCGUGGUCAUCUCUAUUUCCAUAGUCUACUGUGAGGCAUCUUCCUCGAGUUAAGAAGAGUGAUCAUCGUCCGAUUGUGCUACAACUAAACCCGAGUUUCCAAGCUAUUAGGCCCAAACCUUUUAAAUUCAUGGCGCCAUGGUUGACACAUGAUGGGUUUAAGGAGAUGGCGGAACGUGCAUGGAAGUGAGGAACUGACUUAUUGAGUGCUAUUGAAGAAUUUGCCACGAAAGGCAAACGCUGGAACUAUUCUACAUUUGGCCAUAUCUUAAGAAAGAAAGACUCACUCAUGGCCACAAUUGAAAGGUUAGAGCUGAGAUAUGGUGGGGAGUCGGACUAUGUAGAAUUACGACAGGCACGGGAGGAUCUUGAGGAAGUACUAUUCCAAGAGGAAUUGUUAUGGUGCCAAAAGUCGCGGGAAGAAUGAAAUUCAAUGGGUAAUCGUAAUACGAAAUAUUUCCACACGAGAACAAUUCAGCGACGCCGACAAAACAGGGUGUCAGGCUGUCAGCGUUGAAGAAUGAAAUUGGAGAAUGGAU